UUGUUCGUAUUUCGUGAAGACAACGAUGUUCUGGUUGAUACAAAUAGGACAUAUUACAUGGUCCCCAAAUAACUUACUGGAUUGUUUCUGGAAAUGUUUCAAAUUUCUUUUACAUUGUGUCUUUCGAGGCGUGUUGCCAAAUUUUUUUUAUUCCACAGAACAACAUGAUUGCCAGCAAAUUGUCCACAGUCAAAGGUGUGCGAUCACGAGAGUGUCUGUUAGAGCAACUGAACGGGUAUUACGAAAUGGGCGUGACCUGUCUGCUACAAAGUCCGACGGUUAGAAAAAUGGUUGAACCUGUUAUAUGUAACAUCCUUGUUAGAAUAGAGCCAUUUCUUGGACAUAUCAAGAGUGCUGCUGAUACAGACGCUUGUAUCAUAAAGGAAAUAUAUGGUAUAUCCUUUUUAAACAGAAACAUAAGGGAGGAUUAUUUUAUUCUGAGGUUUAUAAUAGUUUUGUCAAAUCAGUCACUUACAGAAUAUGAGACAUUAACUUUACAGAAAUGCACAGCAUAUGUUUUAGUUAAUACAGCAUUCUUAUACCUCGAUACUUCAACAGUUAGUACAAAUAAAGUAGUAUACAGGUCAGACAGACUGAUUGGUAACUUGUUGAAGCUUGCAGGUAGUGUGGGUAAUGUGUCUUGUAUGUUGUAUCUUGCUCUGUAUUACUACAGAACAUGUAGAUAUAGAGAGGCGCUUCAUGUUACAGCUCUGGUUAGAUCAAGACUAACACAGCCCUAUAUCAUGUAUUACACAGUAUACCUAGAAAGGUACAAUGAAUCUGUGCCUGGUUGGUCUCUGUCCAAACGUAUGAAGAAAGCUUGGGUAUACCAUGUACACAUGUUAAGUGUGUUAUGUAACUACAGACUAGGUAAACGGUCCCAGUGUUUACAGUCACUGACAGACCUACAGACACUGCUGCUCUAUGAUGACAGGAGAUAUGUAGAUUCAGAUACUAGAGACCUCUCGUGGCAGAUACUGGGGAUCUGUCAGCACGCUGUGGGGGACCUACACAGAGCGGAACAGUCUUAUCAACAGUCACUGAGACAGAAACCAUACCACAAAAUACAGAAUGCCACAAAAUACAGAAUGGCUCUUGUUUCCAAGCAAUUGAGUGAAACGGCAAAUUUACUUACGAAGACCCUGCUGAUGAAGGAACAGAAGGAGACCAUUCAUCAGCUCAGCCUACAGUAUGAAACACUCGCACUCUCGUUCAAGGUCAGGGCAUACUCCAGUAGAUGCAGAAAAAUAUUUACUUAG